GUAAUUAAAAGCUCACUCCCAGAUCUGAUUAAAGUGUAUUCAGAUCUCUCUUCGUCUCUGCACCCAUUAAUUGCUUCGUGGAUCUGUCCCGUCAAAUCUCCGACGACCUAAAAUGGUGAAAAUACCCUUCUCCGGCGUUCUCCUCCUCUUCCUCCUCACCGCCGCAUUCCUCGCCGGCGUUCCUCCGUGCGCGGCGGAGAUCAAGGCCCUUGUCAUCUCCGACGACGCCCGUCCGAUGAUCCUCUUCGAGAAGUUCGGAUUCACGCACACGGGCCACGUCACCGUCACCGUCUCCUCCGUGUCCGUCGUAUCAUCUCCCGCCGACCCGAACCCGGAUCCGUCUCGUCUAGGGUUCUUCCUCCUCUCCGAGGAGGCGCUGCUCCAGGUCCUCCUUGAGAUCCAGCAGAACCCUAGAUUCUGCGUCCUCGAUUCGCACUACGUGCUCUAUCUCUUCAACUUCAGAGAUCUCUCACCGCCGCCGAAUUCGGGCUUCAACCAGUCUUACCCAGUCACCUCGCCGAACGAGUACUCUCUGUUCUUCGCGAAUUGCGCUCCGGAGACCAAGGUUUCCAUGGCGGUUCGGACCGAGAUGUACAACAAGGAUCCGAACGGAUCUAAGGAUUACUUGCCCGCAGGGUUGACCCAGUUGCCGUCUCUGUAUUUCCUCUUCUUCCUAUGCUACACCGCCUUCGUAGGUUUCUGGAGCUAUUCUUGUUGGACCAACAAGCGUGUGGUUCACCGGAUCCAUCUUCUCAUGGCUGGUCUUCUUCUGAUCAAAUCGCUGAAUCUGAUCUGUGCGGCUGAGGACAAGCACUACGUCAAGAGCACGGGAACUCCACAUGGAUGGGAUAUCUUGUUCUACAUCUUCCAGUUCAUUCGUGUGGUUCUGCUCUUCACCGUGAUCAUCUUGAUCGGAACCGGUUGGUCGUUUUUGAAGCCAUUCUUGCAGGAAAAGGAGAAGAAUGUGUUGAUAAUCGUGAUCCCACUUCAGGUUCUAGCCAACAUUGCUUCGAUUGUGAUUGGAGAAACCGGACCAUUUAUCAAGGACUGGGUCACAUGGAACCAAGUGUUCUUGCUCGUCGACAUAAUCUGUUGCUGCGCCAUUAUCUUCCCCAUCGUUUGGUCGAUCAGAUCCUUGAGGGAGACAUCCAAAACUGAUGGUAAAGCCGCCAAGAACUUAGCUAAGCUAACUUUGUUCAGGCAAUUCUAUAUCGUUGUGAUCGGGUAUCUCUACUUCACGAGGAUUGUGGUGUUUGCCCUUAAGACCAUUGCAGCUUACAAGUAUCAAUGGGUGAGCUAUGCUGCAGAGGAGGCAGUUAGUCUUGCGUUCUAUAUGGUGAUGUUCUAUAUGUUUAGGCCAGAGGAGAAGAACGAAUACUUUGCUCUCGACGAAGAAGAAGAAGAGGCCGCUGCGUUGGCACUUAGGGAUGACGAGUUUGAGCUUUGAAAUGGGUGAAAGGACGGAGCUUUAAGGCUCUUUUGAGGGUCACCAAAGAUUGUUUUCUCAGUACGUUUAAUAGGAAGCGCUCCAAGACAAGAUGUUUGAUCUCAGCUCUGAUACUACUGCAAGUGUUUGCUCUUUUCUUUUUGUUAAUUCCUUGUUACAAUACUUAUAUACAUCUCUCAAAUGCGGUUGUUCAUGGUAAUCUGAAAACGUUGAGCCCAAGAGAAAGGAUUAGAUGCAUGUAGUAAACGCAUAUAUUUGAAUGCUCCUUGGUUUCAAUCAUGGGUUUUGUAAGAACUUAGUAGUUUGUUUCAUGAUUUGUCUGACCUCCGCAUUGUAUGUGAUGAAGUUUGAGAAUAUUUGCUUCAGUUUGUUGAGGUUCUGUUCUAUA